GGGCCACCGCCGGCCCCCAUCUCUCCCUUGCUCCUCCUAUUUCCGAAGCCUGCAUCUAUAAAGGCCGCACGCAGCAUGCACAGCGGCAGCGGCCCCCCGUCAACACCAGUAGCAUGUUCACCCCCUCGCCCGCCGUAAAGGCCAUCACGUCCAACCCGCUUCGGACGCGGGACGACGCCGUCCAGCUCCUGCUCGACCUGCUCGCGCCGCUCGCCGACGCACAGUCGGCCGGCGGGGCGCGCGUCGAGCUGUUCCAGGGCGGCGUGGUAUUCGGCGAGAUUGCAGCCCAGUUCGAGGGCUAUGCGCGCGCCCUGUGGGGCCUCGCUCCGGCGCUCGCUGCCGAGCCCGACCACCCACUCCUCCGGCCGCUCGGCGACCGGUGGCGAGCGGGCCUGGACAACGGCACCAACCCUGCGCACGAGGAGUACUGGGGCAAGCUGAGAGAUCGCGACCAGCGCUGUGUUGAGAUCGCGGCCGUUGCUGUCGCCAUUGCUAUCGCGCCCGACGUCUUCUGGACCCCGCUGUCGGACGAGGCGAAGACCCGAGUGGCGAAGUGGAUCACGGCGAUCAACGACGUCGAGAUCCCGCCUAACAAUUGGCGAUGGUUCCGCAUCCUCGCCAACGUCAGCCUCAAGUCUGUCGGCGCCGAGUACUCGGAGGCCGCGAUCGAGGAGACGCUCGAGUUUGUCGAGAGCCACUACAACGCCGACGGGUUCCCUGCCGACGGGCCAUGCGACCAGAUGAUCGCGUACGACUACUACGCGACGUCGUUUGCCAUCCCGUUCUACUCGCUGUUGUACACCCGCCUCGCGCCACAGGACAAGGCGCGGAUCAGCAAGAUCUGGACGCGGACGCUGGCCAACAUCCCGAACGUGAUCCACCUGUUCGCGCCCGACGGCGCGUCGAUCCCAUUCGGACGCAGCAUGACAUAUCGCUUUGCCACGGCGGCCUUCUGGUCCGCGCUGGCGUACGCGACCGACGAUGAGCACCCGCUGCCUGCACCGCUCACCUGGGGCGUGGUCAAGGGUCUUGUCCUCCGAUCCAUUCGAUACUUCACCCAGAAGGAGAGCGUCUUUGCGCGUGAUGGCAGCUUGACGAUCGGGUGGACCUAUCCAUCACUGUUCAUGAGCGAGCAAUACAACUCGCCCCAGUCGCCCUACUGGGCUCUCAAGACCUUCUUCGUCAUGGCGCUGCCCAAGGAGCAUCCGUUCUGGACAGCCGAGGAGGAGUCCAUCCCCGAGGUGUUCAGCGAGAACGCCGUCGUCAAGCCGUGGCUCCAGACCUUCUCCCACGCCGCGGGGCACACCUUCCUCCUGACCAGCGGGCAGUGCACCAACUGGCCCAUGCUGCAGACGGCAGCAAAGUACGGCAAGCUGGCGUACUCGUCAGCGUUUGGCUUCUCGGUCGUCGGAGGCCAGUAUGGCCUCGACUCGGCGGCGGCCGACUCGACAAUCAGCAUCUGCGAGGACGACGACGGCGAGUACUGGCAGGUGUCACGCAACCUCACCGACGUGAGCGUGUCGGACGAGGGCGUGAUCAAGUCGACUUGGAAGCCCAAGCCCAACAUCACGAUCACGACGUGGCUUAUCCCUCCGCCGGACAAGCACACGCCGUGGCACACGCGCGUGCACCGCAUCGAGUCGGGGCGCGGGAUCAAGUUCUCGUCGGGCGGGUUCGCCAUCCACUCGCACACGGGUCCCAAGCACUCGGAGCGGCAUCUGCCUGUCGUGCAGAGCGUUGGGACAGCGCACGGGCGGUACGAGGCGGCCGACAAGCGCGCGGCGAUUGCGACGUCCAAGGCGGGGGUGAGCGCCGUCUACGACCUGCUCGGCACGGGCGAGGCCGUCGUGCACGACAUGGCGGCGAGCACCAACCUCGUAUCGGGGCGCACCGUCUUCCCGACCGUGCUGGGCCACGUUGGCGCCGGGCAGACCAAGUGGGUCGCGCUGCGUGUCUUUGCGCAGCCGUCGGCCGGCGACCUCGAGCCCCAGUGGGUCGAGGCGUGGAACGAGCUCAAGCCGUGGGCCGGGCUCGCUGAGGCGCAGAAGGAGCUGCCGUUCAUCAAGGACGAGGGGAAGUGUGUUGUGAUGUAGUGUAGUGUAGUAGGCAAUGCUAGAAUGAUAGAAGUGACACGGCUGUCGGUCUCGGGGUAGUGCAUGCAGUGUGCCGUUCUCCA